AUGAAAACAAGGAGACAAUAUUAUGGUAGAGACAGAAUCAGUGGUUUACCUGAUUCUCUUUUACUUCAAAUUUUGUCGAAUUUGAAAGUGGAGCAAGCUGUACAAAUAUCCAUCGUCUCCACAAGAUGGAAGGAUAUGUGGAAACAUGUUUCCGUUCUUUAUCUCUGUGAUGAUUAUAGAUACUUCAAAUCUAUCGAAAGUUUCUCUAAUUUCGUUUCUCAAAUUUUCUCUUUCCGCAAUGACAAAACCUCCCUACAAGCUCUCACUUUUAGGGGCCGCUACCGUUUUGACCCUGAGCUACUCAAAAGGAUCCUACAAUACUUAUUUUCCCACAAUAUCCAACAGUUAAAUAUGAUGGUGGCUUGUAGUCUUGAACACUUUCCACUUUCCACCAACUUUUCAUGUCAUACUUUAACCUCUCUUAAACUUUUUUCACGCCCUGAAUGGGGAAAAUAUGAUAGAUUACCACCAGUAUUUCCAAAUUCUCUUCAAUUUCCUGCAUUAAACUACUUGUUUUUAGGAUGGUUUACCUUUUGCUGCACUACUGAUGACUAUGCUGACCCCUUUUCAGUAUUUCAAAGUUUGAAGACUCUGACCAUUCAAUUUUGUGAACUUUUAAAUGAAAAAACCCUCUUCAUAUCAAGUGUCUCGCUAUUCAAUUUAAGAAUACUAUUGCCUACCGCGUCUUACAAAUUGAAGUUAUCUACCCCAAAUCUUUGUAGCUUUGCUUUUAGGGGUCAUUCUUUGCAGAAUCUAUGUGGGCACAAUUGCAUUAGCAAUACCAAUUUCUCUUAUAUUAAACAUGUAAGGAUUGAAUUAGCACGCCAUCAACCCCAAGUUUCUCCUUCAAUUCUAUUCAAUUGGCUUGUUGAGCUUGGCCUUAUGGAAUCAUUGACAAUCUCUUCAAAGACUCUUGAGGUUCUCAGCUUAGUUCCUGAUUCAUGGAAGAUUGAUUUCUCUUAUUUACAUAACUUGAAGUUACUGAAAAUAGAAACACAUGAUAUUUGUCCGUCACCCCCCGAUGGAACGGAAGACUUUUUGCUUCAAAAUGCAAAGUCAGCAAAGAAAGUCAUUUUGCCAGGACCUACCCUGGAAGAAAUUUGUAAGUCCAUGAGUUCAGAACAGGAGCGAAUGCAGUGA